ACUCUCGCUCUGCUGCUACACACAGCGGGUGAGGGCGAGGAGAGAGACCAGUUCCUGAGAGCAGGCACGCGGGGGCACAGACACACACACUCGCACACACGCACACACGCACACACGCACACGCCAGCCUGCGGGCUUGGCCAGAGCCCUGAAGUCACAGAUCCCACUUGGAAAUCGCCAGAGGCGCAAGGAGAAGUGGAGGAGUGCAGCUCCCAGACACUAAGUGCUACUUCCCAGGCACUCGGGUGAAGAAAUGAAGCCCGCCCAGCUCUUCACCAUAUCCAGGUCUCCUUUCUGUUUUGGUGUCCGCAGUCAUCUCCCUGAAAGCCAGAUCCAGGGAGAAGGCAAGCGGGCAGCCAGCUGAGGACUCUAAACUGUGCCGCUCGCUCCCAAGCCCGUCCAACCUGAGCCCGCCAAAGGCUCCUCGCUCCAGCCAGACUCCACCAGAUCGCAGCCCCUGGCGACUAAGUCAGCGACAGGUUUAAAUGUUUCUUUGGCCACUUGACUACUGAACACAAAAUGAAUAACUCAACGAACUCCUCCAACAAUGGCUUGGCUCUUACCAGUCCUUACAAGACAUUUGAAGUGGUAUUUAUUGUCCUUGUGGCUGGAUCCCUCAGUCUGGUGACCAUCAUUGGGAACAUUCUGGUCAUGGUUUCCAUUAAAGUCAACCGCCACCUUCAGACUGUCAACAAUUACUUCUUGUUCAGCCUGGCCUGUGCUGACCUCAUCAUAGGUGUUUUCUCCAUGAACUUGUAUACCCUCUACACUGUGAUUGGCUACUGGCCUUUGGGACCUGUAGUAUGUGACCUUUGGCUAGCUUUGGACUAUGUUGUCAGCAAUGCCUCUGUUAUGAAUCUCCUCAUCAUCAGCUUUGAUAGAUACUUCUGUGUCACCAAACCUCUGACCUACCCAGUUAAGCGGACCACAAAAAUGGCAGGCAUGAUGAUUGCAGCUGCGUGGGUCCUUUCCUUCAUCCUCUGGGCCCCAGCCAUUCUCUUCUGGCAGUUCAUUGUAGGGGUAAGGACUGUGAAGGACGGGGAGUGCUACAUUCAGUUCUUUUCCAACGCUGCCGUCACCUUUGGCACUGCCAUUGCAGCGUUCUACCUGCCUGUCAUCAUCAUGACGGUGCUCUAUUGGCACAUAUCCCGGGCGAGCAAGAGCAGAAUAAAGAAAGAAAAGAAGGAACCUGUGGCCAACCAAGACCCAGUGUCUCCGAGUCUGGUGCAAGGAAGAAUUGUAAAGCCAAACAACAACAACAUGCCAGGAGGUGAGGGUGGCCUGGAGCACAAGGUCCAGAAUGGCAAGGCUCCACGGGAUGGCGUGACUGAAAACUGCGUUCAGGGGGAGGAGAAAGAAAGCUCCAAUGACUCCACGUCCGUCAGUGCUGUGGCCUCCAAUAUGAGAGAUGAUGAGAUAACCCAGGAUGAAAACACAGUUUCCACUUCCCUGGGCCACUCCAAAGAUGACAAUUCUAGACAGACCUGCAUCAAAAUCGUCACCAAGACCCAAAAGGGUGACGCAUGCACACCAACAAGUACCACCGUAGAACUAGUUGGAUCAUCAGGUCAGAACGGGGAUGAAAAGCAGAACAUUGUAGCCCGCAAAAUUGUGAAGAUGACCAAGCAGCCUGCCAAAAAGAAGCCUCCUCCAUCCCGGGAAAAGAAAGUGACCAGGACAAUCUUGGCUAUCCUGUUGGCUUUCAUCAUCACCUGGGCACCAUACAAUGUCAUGGUGCUCAUCAAUACCUUCUGUGCACCCUGCAUCCCCAAUACAGUGUGGACAAUUGGUUACUGGCUCUGUUACAUCAAUAGCACCAUCAAUCCUGCCUGCUAUGCACUUUGUAAUGCCACCUUCAAAAAGACUUUUAAGCACCUCCUUAUGUGUCAUUACAAGAACAUCGGCGCUACAAGGUAAAAGACCUUUUCAAAAGAAGAAAUGUGGUUGAGUGUAUUUUGGGGAAGAGCAGGGACAAGGAAGCUGUGUUUAUAGUGAUCUGCCCUUGCACUUUACAAUCUUACUACAACGUGUAAUUAAGGAGUUUUAGAGAGACACUCUCACUGUGCCCAUGCUCCAGUUAGAAAAAUAAGUAAAUAACCUUCACCAUAUAAGCCCUGUCAGUUUAGGAGCACCGAGACAAUGAAAGAGAUGUGCUGAAAUUGCAGAUCUAAGGAACAAUUUCUACUGUCUCCUGCUCUCUUGAAGAAGGACUUCAGAAUCUACAAUCUCGUGUCUCUGCACAAGAAGAAUAACCUUGUUAGUUUGUUGUUUCUUUCUGUUGUUCCCCUGUGUGGUGAUGAGAAAGAAAUGGCAUAUUACAUGCUAACACAGAGACCUAAACAUAAAGAAGCAGGCACUAUACAAUGAGAGAUAAGAAGAAAGAAAAUCAAAUAGGAUUCGGAGAUGGUAUGCAGAGCACUGAGCAUAUUCCUGGCUAUGCUGUUCUCUGGUUGGAAGGAUUUUAAUGGAAUCACUGCUUAUUUCUUCUCUCUUCCCUUUUCCCAUCUUGAAAAGCAAGAAAGCAAAACAACAAAAGCCCAACUAGGCCAUACUAUUUUUUUCUACUAUUUUUAUAGUUCCUGGUUUUAUAUUGUAUAUGGAUAGUAUCUGCAGGAUUUCUAAAUCUGGCCACAGUCACCUGUGAAAAUGGACACUCUGGCACUCCCCACUGUGUCGUUGCAUUCUUUGAUAGUGUACAACCUGUAAGGAUUUCAUUCACUUGAGUUCCUUCAUGUGGAAAAUUUUUGCCCAUCUGAUUUUCUUCUCAACUAAUCCAUUUUAACAAUGUAGUCUGCCUAAGACACAAGUAUGCUUAGGAAACCAAAGUCAUUUCAACUUAAUUUUUAAUCACAUUAGAAAAUGGUCAGUCUAGUUGGAGAAAGUUCACUGAGGCCAGAUGAAGUUUGCGAUGAGAAGACAGAAGGUCAGAAGGGUGAUCUGUUUGAAGUUGAACCUGCCUGACCCAUGUGCACUAUGCUAACAUGUACAACACAAACUCCUGACUUUGUCAGCAGGAAUAUGACAUUGGUUUGCUCAUUUGGAGUCUCAGUUAGUUUACUGUGUCAACCUCAAGAGGAAAAGACCUUAUAUUCAAUGUCUGUUAGCAGAUGGUACUUAAAUUAUAUUCAAAUGAAGUUUUCUAUAAUCAUACUAAGACAUGGGGUGGGGAAAUGGGUCAUGCAAAAAUAUUUACUAAUACUACCAUGUUCUUCCAGUUGUCUACUCUGUAAGAUUAUAUUGCUUCAAAAUUCACUAAUCAUGAGAGUUAUAUUAAUCGUUGUGGCUUAAAUAUAAUGGAAAACCAAACAGAGGCAAGAUAUGCCCAUAGAAUCUGAUGGAAGAGUCCAUGUGGUUCUCGCCAUGUCAUUUCCCACAGUCUAAUAUAAUCACAAAUAACUGUCACAAAAAUGAUUAUUAAAGGGUAACACAAAACAUAUAACAUGAGUAUAGGAGAUUCAUACUUGACACUACAAAAUGAAUGCAGAAUUAUACUAAUCUACAUUAACUAGCUAUAUUUUUGUCUUCAUAUAAUUUCUUCCAUUCUAUGUUAUGGUAUUCCAAUCAGAUUUUGUAAGGGUGGGCCUAAUGAAUAGAAAUUGCAGUUAUAAAUUGUUUUAUAAAGUUCAGACUUUCACUGAUGUGCUUUGAUUCCUUCCCUGCCAUUCCAUGAGUAUUACAAGGCAAGGCCUUCAGUGGGAAGUCCUAAGAGUUACCAGAGUUAUUUUGUCUGACUUUGCAUGUCAGGAACAUCUCAAAUAGUGGGUGAUAAAGAAUAAGACAGCAAUACCAGCAACAUUUUAAGCCAAUAAGAAGCAAGUUGCUAACAAUAUAUGUAUUUAUCCUUUAUGAACAAACUUAACGAUUGAGUAAUUUCAGUUAGUUUUAACUUCAAAAUCAAUUAUCUGUAAACAUGGAAUUGGUUCACAUUAAUUUAGUCUAAAAUUAGAUGAUGUAGCUCCUUUAGUUCAGAAUUACUAAAAUGUAAAUUUUGAAAUUUAAGAUCACAUUUAUUUUUGUGUUGUUUCUUCAACUAAUUGAGUGGAGAAGACUUCACUCCAAAGGAUUUCUUGGUUUUCUGUAGGAUAUGCUAUUAAUCUGUGCUAUAUACUACUGUGAUGCAGACAUGGCUACCAUUGAGAGGCCAGGAUUCAUUGUCUAUCCCUGAUUUAAGGCCAAUCCACCAUGAGCUAAUCUUUGUCUCGUUCUAUUGUAAUCUUUCCUUGAUUCUUUCUGUGCCUAGUAAUUCGCCACAGCUGCCACAACUUCAUUAAAAGAGAAACUAUCAAGUUCAAGAAGAAAAUGAAGGUAGUCUAACAUACUAUGGAAAUUUUCCAAAAGAAUCAGAAGAAAAGGGAAGGACAUUGGCAUGUUUGGAGGGAGAAUGUAGUCAAAGGUCUCUCUUUACUGUUGCUGGCGUUCGUUUUUUUUUUUAUCUUUUUCUUUUUUUAACUCUAAAGCAGAGGCAAUAUUUACCCUAUGGACAUUUAGUGAUAUGUAGGGCCAUUUUGAUUGUCACAACUGGGAAUAGGCAUUAGUAUCUAUCUAAUAAGAAGGAGCUUUGAAUGCACAAGCUAUGCUCUCUUCCGCCAAGAAAAAUGAUUUGGCUCAAAAUGGCAAUGAUACCAGGACUGAGAAAGACUAGUUUAUAUUAAAGGAUUUCUGAAGCUUCCCUUCUUAAUCCCCCAUCAUUUAAACAAAAACAAACAAAAAGACUAAUACAGUUUUCUUUCUUGUGAGCAAAGCUCACUCACUCGUUAGCUAUCAUAAAUUCUCCCACACUAAUUAGGAUUUAAAAUUUUCAGAUAAGAGAACAGACCACACCUCUUGAGACUGGCAGCUUUCACACACCUAGUGCACCGAGGCAUCUUAAUGCCUGGUUAUGGAACCACACCCCUCCUCCAGAGGUUGUGGCUUUGCCCAUGAACAGCACUGCUUCUAGUCUGAUGGGUGUCUCCUGGAAACAUCAUUUCUUUUCUUUUCAAACUAAUGAAGAGCCCUUUAAAGAAACAGUAUGUCUCAUCUUCUUUGCUUUCACUAGAACUGUCAGAAGCUGUCAAGCCUUUGGUUUUUUAUUCCUCAUAGCAAUAACGUAAAUAUCCCAGAGUGGUGUUCAAAAGAGAAGAUUAAGAAUAUAAAAAAGAGGAACCAUCUCACUUCUAGAGUAAAAAAAAAAAAAGAUUGCCUCUUGACCAAGUCGUGAUUACCUUAAUGACAUAUCCCAAGUACUGGGACAAGGUCACCAUGUGGUAAGCUACAAAGGCUAAGAUAAACCAUCUGGCUUGACAUAUAGUAUCUUGAAUUACACAUCUUUCUGUUUUCUUUUCUUUUUCUUUCUUUUUUUUUUCCGAGCCAGGUUUUCUCUGUAUAGCCCUGGCUGUCCUGAACUCACUCUGUAGAUCAGGCUGUCCUCGAACUCAGAAAUCCACCUGCCUCUGCCUCCCAAGUGCUGGGAUUAAAGGCGUGCACCACCACUGCCUGGCUUCCUUCUGUUUUUUUGACUACUAGAUGUUGUUUGAUCCUGAAGAGAUAAUGGCAUGAGAGGAGAUUAUAUUUCAAAACGAUGCCCACAGUUACUUACCAACACAGCCAACUUUUAUUUUCUUGUAUUUAGUUCGUCAGCGGUUGCUCCCGUCUUCGAUUUGAUAACAUCUUCACGAACAACCAUAACACUGUUGUUGCAAAUAGAGUAGGAAGGCACCCACAUCCGGGUAAACUUGUGAGACAUGUAUUCUCAGCAUGUAUACACAAUGACAUGCCUCUCCAAUAUGCUUCUCUUAAAAGGGUGCACGCUGUAGCAUGAACUCUGUGUAUAUUUAAUAUACCUUCCCAUGGUAUGCUGUAUGCUCCAUAUAUAUAAUAUAAAUAAAAUAAAAUGUAUAAUAGAAAUACAUAUUUCUGUAUGCAAAUAAAUAUAUUAUACACAAAAUCGUAACAGACACUCUGGUACAUAUGUUGUCUCAUAGGAAUAAGAGUAGAUUAUUAUGUGCUCCAUUUUAAAGGAAAAUCAUAUUUUGUAUUGAAGGAAGAGAUUUAAGAACCAUCAAACUCCUAUUCACAUUAAUAUUCAACUGAUUUGUCAACUUUGAG